CUGAAGAGAGACUACUGGGAUUUCUUAAUGCUGCUUUAAUUUAGUACUGCUCUGAUCAUCUUACCACAUAGACAGACGCAAAUGGCUUAUGCUGCUGUAACUUCGCUUAAAGGAACACUCCAUCUACACUUCUUGCAAUCACAACCACGCUUCCCUCUUCAAUACAAACAACAAAUAGUUUCUCUCCACGAAAAUCUUGGUUUCAUCCAACAAGUUCUUGAGAAAUCUGAGAUCGCCUAUGGCAAUGAUAAUUCGGCGAUGAAAGAUUUAGAGGCUCAGAUGAGAGAUGUAGCGUUCAAAGCUGAAGAAAGGAUUGAGAUGGAGUUGACUACCAUUUAUCUAGCAAAGGGUUGGACGAAGCGUCUUGCUUGCCUCCUCAGGCUUCAUGGAAUCUUCAUUCAAGCUGUAAUACAGACUGAUUACCUCAAGAGCAAGUUGAUUAAAAUUAGUAAAAAGCAGCUUGCAAAGGGUCCAUCACAAGGUGUAAGGAUGCGACAAAGAGGACUACUCCAUGGUUCAACAUCAUCACAACCUGAUCUAGAACGCGAGAAUAAUAUUACUCUACCGCAUAGACGACAGACGCAAAUGGCUUAUGCUGCUGUAACUUCUCUUAAAGGAACACUCCAUCUACACUUCUUGCAAUCACAACCACGAUUGCCUCUUCAAGACAACCAAGAAAUACUUAAUUCUCUCCAUAAAAAUCUUGGUGUCCUCCAAGAAGUUCUUGAGAAAUCUGAGAUCGCCUAUAAUAAUUCGGCGAUGAAAGAUUUAGAGGCAGAGAUGAGAGAUGUAGUGUCCGAAGCUGAAGAAAGGAUUGAGAUGGAAUUGACUAGCAUAUAUCUUCAAUCAAGCAGUAUAGAGAAGGAUGGCCUCCUCAGGCUUCACGAAAUCUUCGAGCAAGCAGUAAAACAGACUGAUGACCUCAAGAUGGAGUUGAUUAAGAUUAAAAGUGAAAAGCAGCUUGCAAAGGGUCCAUCAAUCACUGGUGUUUCACUCAUUGGUUCAACAUCAUCGCCGCCUGCUGAUCAAGAACGCGAGAAUAAUAUUAUUGUGAGUAAAUUUUCCAAAAGCGCUUCAAAGUUUGACAGUAGAAUGGUUGGAUGCGACGAGGAGUUUAAGACGAUAAUGAAUCUGCUCACUCGACAAUCAACGAAGAAGCUACAAGUUGUAUCAAUUGUUGGCAUGGGAGGAAUAGGCAAGACCACUUUAGCUCGGAAAGUCUAUGAAGAUCCAUCAAUUACUUAUCACUUUUACAUGCGAGCAUGGGUUACAGUAUCUCAAGAAUAUAAGCGGCGACAAAUGCUCCAAUGCCUUGUUGGUUGUGUUAGUGCAUCAAGUGAUGAACAAAGAAACAAUGACGACGAAGGCCAAUUAGCAGACCGUCUACGUAAACACUUGAAGGGUCAAAGAUAUUUGAUAGUGAUGGAUGAUAUAUGGAGCACUACUGCUUGGGAUAGUGUGCAAGGAUGCUUUCCAGAUGAUAAUAAUGGAAGUUGUAUACUAUUGACUUCUCGGCUCAGGGAGGUGGUUGCUGGUAAAUGUGCUCCUAGUUCAAAAUUUCUUUUGGUGUUUGAGCAAAUUGGUAGAGCCAUAGUGAAGAAAUGUAAAGGAUUACCUCUAGCUAUUACUUUAGUAGCUAGUCUUCUCUCCAAGACAGAGGAGAAGGUGGAAAAGUGGAAGAAUGUUGAAGAAAGUGUAAUUGGUGAUUCUAAUGAAGCAUAUUCAAGUGUACUAUCUUUGAGUUACAACCAAUUACCACACCCCUCUAAAGCUUGCUUUCUAUAUUUUGGAGUUUUUCCAGAAGAUUAUGAAAUCUCUGCAAAGAAGUUAGUUAGGUUGUGGGCAGCAGAGGGAUUUUUCGAGGCAAUGAACAAUAAGAAUCUGGAGAAAGUGGCCAUGGAAUGCUUGCAAGAUCUUGUUGAUAGAAGUCUUGUUCUUGUUGGCAAACAGAGCUACAAUGGCAAAAUCAAGACAAUUAGGAUGCAUGAUCUCUUGCGAGACUUGUGCUUAAGAGAAGCUCGAUGUGAAAAUCUCUUGUAUGUCAUUGGAAAUGAUUAUCAUGGUGCUGUUGCUAGACCAGUAAAACUUCCAUUUAACAAGAGGAAAUCACAUCACUUGUUUUCAGAAACUUGUCCUUGGAUAAGUAUUAAACCUGGAUGUUACAAUAUUCAAAUUACAUCUAAGUGCUUUGAGAAAUUCCAUUCCUUACACUCUGUUGAUUAUAUUGAUUUAAGCAUUAAGGUGCUUUGUCAAUUCAAACUAUUAAGAGUAGUAGACAUCAAACUUGGAUUCUGGAACUUUGAAGGUAAGAUGCUAUAUAUGGCAAAUCUUGUUCACUUGAGAUACUUAGCUUUGUCCUUAAGUGAAAAAGUAGGCCCUCUUAAUCUAAGGCUCUUUGAGCAUUGGAAUAUGCAAAGUUUUAUUGUCCGUGGAUGUAGUGUUAUAUUGGAUUCCUCUAAUGCAUCUGCAAUUUGGAAAAUGCCACUGUUAAGGAAAAUUUAUGUUGACGGAAUUCAUUUUACGUUAGAGGCUUCAGAGGUUGUUCAUAGAAACAUAGAGACUAUAUCUUGGUUGCGUCCGAAGUGUUGUACAAAGGAUCUUUUUACAACGAUUCCGAAUUUAAAAAAAUUGGGAAUUCAAGGUGAAAUUAUAUUUGUUAAAAAUGAAAAUUCAGAUGGUUUCUAUAAUUUUGUGCACUUGGGGCAGCUUGAGAAACUAAGCAUCAAAAGGUGGAAUCUCAAACUUCAGUAUAGCGGCAUCCCAUGGGCAACUAGUUUUCUACCAAAUCUUAAGAAGCUCAAAUUCUUUGAGACUAGGUUUCCAUGGAGUGAUAUGAGGCUUAUUGGUAUGUUGCAGAAUCUAGAAGUUCUAAAAUUGAUACGUGCUUGUAAAGGCAGAGUGUGGGAGACAUCUGAGGGAGGGUUCCGUCAUUUGAAAAGGUUGGUAAUUGAAAGCUGGAAUUUGGAAGAUUGGAAUGUUGAGGAUGAUCAUUUCCCUGUGCUUCAACAUUUAGAGUUAACUGGUUGCAGUUCGUUGCAAGAGAUCCCUAUUGUGCUUGCCAAUAUCACCACAUUUGCAUUAAUUCAUUUAAAUAAAUGUCAGCAUUCUGUUUUGGCUUCCGCAGAGCGUAUUCAAGAUGAGAAGCAAAGCUAUGGAAAUGAAGCCUUCGUUGUUCGUUUCAAAAAUAUUUUGCAUUGA